AUGGGCUCCCUUGCAAAUAAGAAGCCCCAUGCUGUGUGCAUCCCUUACCCAGCCCAAGGGCAUUUAAACCCCAUGCUUAUGCUAGCCAAGCUCCUCCACGGCCGCGGCUUCCACAUCACCUUCGUCCUAACCGAACACAACUACAGCCGUCUAGUCCGUUCACAGGGCCCAGAGGCCGUCAAGGGCCUCGCCGACUUCCGCUACGAAGCCAUCCCCGACGGCCUCCCCAUUUCCGAUGAUGACGCCACGCAGGACAUCCCAGCCCUCACCGACUCCACAACGAAGAACUUCCUCGCCCCCUUCCGCCGUCUCAUCGCCAAGCUGAAUGAUUAUUCCCCUCCGGUUUCCUGCAUCGUCUCCGACGGCAUCAUGACCUUUACGCUCGACGCCGCUCGCGAGUUCGGAAUCCCAGAAAUCCUGCUCUGGACAGCCAGCGCUUGCGGCUUCCUAGCUUACAUCCAUUAUCAGCACCUCGUCGAUCGUGGUCUCAUUCCCCUGAAAAGUUCGGCAGAUAUGAGCAACGGCUUUCUUGACACCAGAGUGGAUUGGAUUCCAGGGCUCACCGAUAGCAUGUCUCUCAAAGACUUUCCCAGCUUCAUCCGCACAACAGAUGCCAAAGAUAUCAUGCUUAACUUCCUUUUGCGCGAAACUAGCCGAGUCACCAUGGCUGACUCUAUCAUAAUCAACUCCUUCGAAGCCCUCGAAGGCCCGGCACUCACGUCACUGCAGAGCAUCCUUCCUCCCAUCUACACCGUUGGUCCGCUCUCCGUCCUCGCUCGCCGCGCUGUACUAAACGAAAGCGAUCUCGCCGCCAUCACUGCCAGCCUAUGGAAGGAGGACAAAGCGUGCAUCAAUUGGCUCGACGGUAAGCAGCUCGCGUCUGUUGUAUACGUCAACUUUGGAAGUAUAACUGUGAUGACAAAGGAGCAGUUGGGCGAGUUCGCGUGGGGACUGGCGAACAGCUGCUACCACUUUCUCUGGGUUAUCCGGCCGGACCUAGUGAAAGGAGAAUCCGCCGUGCUGCCCCCGGAGUUCAUGGAGGUGGUUAAAGAGAGGGGACUGGUGGCGAGCUGGUGCGCACAGGAGGAGCUGCUCACACACCCAGCUGUUGGUGUCUUCUUAACCCACUCCGGCUGGAACUCGACGGUAGAGAGCUUAUGCGGUGGUGUGCCGAUGAUUUGUUGGCCUUUCUUUGCAGAGCAACAGACGAAUUGCAAGUACUCAUGCACUGAUUGGGGCGUGGGGAUGGAGAUUAACAACGACGUGAGGAGGAAUGAAGUUGAGGAAUUGAUAAGGGAGAUGAUGGGAGGAGUAAAUGGGAAGAAGAUGAGGGAGAAAGCCGUGAAAUGGAAGGAGAGCGCGGCCAAGGCCACUGGUCCCAAUGGCAGCUCAGUGGUCAACUUGGACAGGGUGGUGAGUGAAGUUCUUCGAAGAUGCUAAUUAAUUGAGAGAUUUUAGCCGUUAUAUGACUAUAUCUAUCACGAUCCGUCCUUGGUAACAGUGUUGAUUGCAGUUCAGAAAAAUUAAUAAGGUUGACAAUAAGAUGGCUAAUAAUUUGCCGUAGAUUUUUGCAAUUUGCAGGGAUGAGUCGGAUGACAAUGAUGUAUCCUCCAUAUAUUUUGAACUAGCUAUUUCAUAAAUUUAAUAUGUUCGUUGGGUCAGUUUCUAUUGUAUAUUUUUAGGCUAUCUGUUGUAUGAUGCUCAAUAAACGGGCAGUUUCUGAGAUGCGGACUUUAAGCAUCAAUCAACGGUAGUGGGAGGUCGAUAUUUCCGUUGGAUAUCUGGUUGUCGUACUGGAUUAUAUAUACCAAUAUUUGUCUAUAAUAUUUUUUCCAUUUUUUUGAGC